CUGUCCACCCAGAUAAGGCCGGGGGGUAGCAGGGACCCAGGCACUGUGCCCAUCCCCCCUGCCAUGUGGGAACUGCGGUCAGCCUCCUUUUGGAGGGCCAUAUUUGCGGAGUUCUUUGCUACCCUCUUCUAUGUCUUCUUUGGGCUGGGGUCCUCAUUGCGUUGGGCUCCUGGACCCCUGCAUGUGCUGCAGGUGGCAAUGGCCUUUGGCUUGGCUCUGGCUACGCUGGUGCAGUCUGUGGGCCACAUCAGUGGAGCCCACGUCAAUCCUGCAGUCACUUUUGCUUUCCUUGUGGGCUCCCAGAUGUCCCUGCUCCGUGCCUUCUGCUAUAUGGCAGCCCAGCUCCUGGGAGCUGUGGCUGGGGCCGCUGUGCUGUAUAGUGUUACCCCGCCUGCCGUCCGAGGAAACCUAGCACUCAACACGUUGCACCCUGGGGUAAGCGUGGGCCAGGCCACCACAGUGGAGAUCUUCCUGACGCUCCAGUUUGUGCUCUGCAUCUUUGCCACAUACGACGAGAGGCGGAAUGGCCGACUGGGCUCCGUGGCCCUGGCCGUUGGCUUCUCCCUUGCCUUGGGGCACCUCUUUGGGAUGUAUUAUACUGGUGCAGGCAUGAAUCCUGCCCGCUCCUUUGCUCCUGCCAUUCUCACUGGGAACUUCACCAACCACUGGGUGUACUGGGUGGGCCCAAUCAUUGGAGGGGGUCUGGGCAGCCUCCUCUACGACUUUCUCCUCUUCCCCCGGCUCAAGAGUAUUUCUGAGAGACUGUCUGUCCUCAAAGGUGCCAAACCCAAUGACUCCAAUGGACAACCAGAGGUCACAGGGGAACCUGUUGAACUGAAGACCCAGGCCCUGUAGAAGCUCCAGCUGAAUAGAGGGAGUAGAAAUCUUCUGAGUUUAUGCAGAGGGUUGAGCCAGCCCCUAGAUGAAGAAACAGACUGUGGGGAGGGGCAUGUACUUCUUUAUUGUUUAACUUAUGUAUGUGGUUUUUCUCUUUUUCCUUUUGCUGUGUGAAAUCUUUCAAGCUGCAUUCACGAGCUGGUUGGUGCAAACCUCCCUUCCUCCCCGUCCCACCUCCCUUCGCCGUGUGUGCUGAUUGUGCAUAUGAAUGUGAGUGAGUGUGGCUGGGGCAUGAGAGCUAAGGAAGCAAAAAGAGGUGCCAUCCUAUACCUCCCUUCCUCGACCCAGAUGGUGAGUACAGGGUAACUGACACCUUAUGUUUCUGGCCUUUACCCUGAUGCCAGUCAAGUGUGUGGCUCUUGAUUUAUGAGGGAACAGAAAGUGGAAAGUUACUCCUCACACGAGGCGGAUGGAGAGAAGUGGAGGGGACAAGGCAUUCCAAGGUUUAGGAGAAAAACUCAAGGGAGGUGAGUGGUGAAAAUGAAGGUAUUAGCCCCAGAUCAGGAUGCAAGUGUUCCAAAAAAUUGGGGGGAAGUUAAUGUGAACAUACAGCCUACAUAUCUCAGGGAUGCUUGCCCCAGGGGCUUGGGUGGGGAAGUAGCUCUGAGAAAAGUGAACACUAGGAUUUGAGCUAUUCUGUAAAGGCAUGUAAACCUGUCUACAUCCACUGGCUGGUUGUGUUCAUUCUGGCAUAAUGGAUCUCUUUGGAGGUCUUGGGCCAAGGAGCUUCUAACCUAAAUAAGGCUUGGGCAAGCCUAGAAUCUAGAAAAUGAAGCAGCUUAUCUGGUCAGCCUGACAUCCACUGGUGUGGCCACCUGGCAGAUGGUAUUUAAGUCCCACAAUUGUUCCCUAAGGCCAACACAGGAAGUCUGACUCCUGGAGCAAAUAAAUGUAGGGGUGGUAGUAGGGGGCAUAAAGGGAGAGGCUUUGACUCUGUUUUAAAUUAUUUAGAGCUAAUCAAAACACUCCUCAAAUGGCAUCUUUCUGCUUUUAUCACUAGUUCCGUGUUUUGUUUUGUGUCUGUGUAUUUUCAUUUCUCUGUCAUCUGUCUUUCUUUUUCUUUUUUUAUUUUAAGACGUGGUUUCCCCAUGUUGGUCAGGCUGGUCUUGAACUCCCGACCUCAGGUGAUCCGCCCACCUUGGCCUCCAAAGUGCUUGGAUUACAGGCGUGAGCCACCAUGUCCAGCUGUCAUCUGUCCUUUCAUCUUGAAGCAAAUAUCUUCUAACUCCCUCAUACCCCAGAAAUUGAUUCAUUUUAUUCAACUGCAUAACAAUUCAGGAGAUUAUUAUUCAUUUGCGCCUAUCUUCUUCUUUUUAGAGAGGGGGGUUCUUACUAUGUUGCCCAGGUUGGAGUGUAAUGGCUAUUCACAGGCACAACCAUGGCACACUAUAGCCUAGAAAUCCUGGGCUAAAGCGAUUUUCCUGCCUCAGCCUCCCCAGUAGCUGGGGUCCAUAGCAGAGCCCUGUUAUCUUCUCUUGUGGGCAAGAUCAUAUCAGCAGAGGCCAGAAGAGACCCUCAACUGAUCAGUGAAUAUUUAUGGUUGCUCUCUUCCUUUUAUGAGUCUCUUGUAUACUUCGCAAGCUUUAAAGAUAUACCUAUAAUGCAACAGACAUCCCUCACCCCAGAAGACUAUUCCUCCCUACACUUCAGCUCUUCACUUCCUCCCAAAUAAAACCUAACUUUUCUAACUAACUAUUUAAGACUUGGAAUAGUCCGCUUGACUAGAAGAAGGGGAAGAAUGUUGGUAAAUUCACCUCUAAUCGGACUUUCAUUCUAUAAUUCAGCAGAAAAUUCAUAGCGCUGUGAUUUUUAGAUCCCUUGUAAGGGAUCGACGUCACAUUAAACAAUCCCCGCACUCGC